CAGUCCCCGGCAGCGCGCACCGCUCACCGCCUUCUGCCCUCAUUACUACUGGAUUAAGGAGAAACCAGUCACCACAGGACUGGAGCUCCGUUCUUAUCGUAAAAGUGUUUGUGCGAGUUUACCGCUGAAGGAGUCGACAGCUGCGGCUCGGCAGACUUUACCAGCCCGUGGUUAUGGAAUAGAGGGGCGGAGAGGAGCCCGGCGCCAGGCCUGUGGAUAUCUACCGUUAGCCGGCGGAGCUAGCUGAUGAGAGGCGGUCUGCCCUUGUUUGGGGCGCUGUGCUAACUAGCAAGUUGCUAUUUUUGUUAGCAUCACAGAUAGCCAACCAUCGCUGCUAGCUUGUUUUGAUGCGGACAUAUUGAGGGGAGCUGCCGGUUUCCUUCACAUUUACCGCUUUUCUGAACUUUGUGGAAGUUUGAAGCUAUCCGUGAAAGCUAACAUUGUUUUGCUAAGGAGGCAUCGCGCUAGGUAUGAGUCCUACAAAGUUUAGCUUUUGUUUUGGUUGGUGUUAAACGAAUCAGUUUUUUUUACAAGAGGCUUCACAUUGCUGACCUCCCCGCUCAUCACCUCUGCUCAUCCGAGGCACUUAAACUCCACUCAUUGUUCGGUCCUUCACAACCCGACCCACCGACCACUGUCUCCUGUCUGCGGGCCCGGAUCCAGUGGCUGGCCCCCUCGGCCCCGAGUGCCCAAUGGAGGAUCAUGACAACAUGGAGUACUAUUACCAGCAGGUACUGCAGAAAGACGUCACCCGCAGGUUGCAGGUCGGUCAGGACCUCAUCGAUUACCUGAGCGACCCGCAGCGCUCCUCGGACGUGGAGCAGGACAAAUCCCGGUUGGAUAAGACCAUUGACGAGCUGGCGGGAUGGGUGAACUCCAGCAAUUUCAAGGUGACCUUGAUGGGGAUAGACAUCGUAAGCGCAUUCGUGGAACGCUUGGGAGAGCGGUUCAAAGGAUACCUGUCCACAGUUGUACCAUCUCUAGUGGACAGGCUGGGUGAUGGGAAGGACCAGGUCAGGGAUAACAGCCAAGCUCUUAUCCUUCGCUGCAUGGAGCAGUCCGCCUCGCCUAUGUACGUCUGGGAAAGGCUUCUUCCUGGUUUUAAACAUAAAAACUUCCGCAGUCGAGAAGGAGUCUGCCUCUGUCUCAGUGCUACGCUCAACACGCAUGGAGCUCAGCAGCUGAGCCUCAGUAAAUUAGUUCCUCAUCUCUGCUCUCUGACUGGAGACCAGAACCCACAGGUGCGUGAGGCCUCCAUUACAACAUUGGUGGAUGUGUAUCGUCACGUUGGAGAGAAGGUCCGGGCAGACGUAGGAAAGAGAGGCCUGCCUGCUGCACGGUUACAGACGAUAUUCACUCGUUUUGAUGAAGCCUUGAAUUCAGGCAACAUGGCUCUCAGCCCCAGUCACGAUCGUAAUUUUGACGAUGAUGACAGUGUGGACGGGAAUCAUUCUUCCUCAGCCCAGGCUGCAUUCAAGGUACCCAAAGUUCCAAAGAAGCCUGCAGAGUCCUCGGCUGCACGCAGACCCAGUGCUACUGGUGGCAAGCUAGUUUCUAAAGAAAGUGCCGGAGCACUUGAUGAAGAUGAUUUUAUUAAAGCCUUCACCGACGUCCCUCCAGUCCAGAUCUACUCAGCAAGGGAUCUUGAGGACAACCUCAAUAAGAUCCGUGAGAUUUGCUCCGAUGACAAACAUGACUGGGACCAGAGAGCCAGUGCUAUGAAAAAGAUCCGCUCACUGCUUGUAGCGGGUGCAGCAGACUACGAAUGUUUUUACCAGCACCUACGGCUUCUGGAUGGAGCUUUCAAACUGUCAGCGAAAGACCUGCGCUCGCAAGUGGUUCGAGAGGUCUGCAUCACUGUUGGCCACCUUUCGUUAGUACUGGGGAAUAAAUUUGACCAUGGAGCGGAGGGCAUCGUUCCCGUCCUUUUCAACCUCAUCCCCAAUUGCGCCAAAGUCAUGGCCACCUCCGGUGUGUCGGCUAUUCGCAUCAUCAUACGGCACACACAUGUCCCGAGGCUCAUCCCUCUGAUAACCAGUAACUGCACAUGCAAGUCUGUGGCCGUUAGAAGGCGCUGUUAUGAUUUCUUGACCCUUCUGCUGCAGGAAUGGCAAACCCACUCUCUAGAGAGGCACACAGCGGUUCUGGUUGAAAGCAUCAAGAAGGGAAUUCGAGAUGCUGACUCAGAGGCCAGAGUGGAGGCUCGCAAGGCCUACUGGGGUUUGAGGAACCGAUUUCCAAACGAGGCUGACGCUCUCUACAACUCCUUAGAGCCAUCCUACCAGAAGACCCUUCAGUCCUGCCUGAAGAGUUCCGGCAGUGUGGCCUCUCUGCCCCAGAGUGACCGGUCCUCAUCUUCCUCUCAAGAGAGCCUCAAUCGGCCUCUUACUUCAAAAUGGUCUGCAGCUCCAGGUCGAGUCCCCGCGGGUUCAAAGGGUGGGGUGUCGUCGGCCUCCCUGCAGCGUUCCCGUAGUGACGUGGAUGUUAACGCGGCAGCAUUGGCUAAGCACCGGCAAGUCGGACAGGCCAGGGGCUCGGGUCGCCUGACCCCUGGCUCCUACUCCUCACUGGAUGAUGCCUCUGAUAAAACGGAUGGCCGUGUACGUACCAAGCAGCCGCUGUCCACUGCAAGCAGCGUGUCCAGCCAAGUGGACUCAAGAGGACGCAGCCGCGCCAAGAUGGUCUCCCAGUCGCAACGUUCUGACGAAUCCGAUUGCACACCAGGAUCUCAGUCUGCUACCCCUGUUGGUGCUGGCAGUCGGAGUGGUUCACCCGGUCGCGUGCUGACGAGUACGGCCCUGAGCACCAUGAGCUCCGGGGCCCACAGGGUGCUGGCUGGGGUCGGCAGUGAAGGAAAAAGACGCAGCCGCAUCCCCCGCAGCCAGGGCUGCUCCAGAGACUCCUCCCCCACUCGUCUGUCUGUUGCUCCUUCCAGCAUUAGUUCCAUCUACAACGGUGCGAGUAGAGGAGCUCGGGGCAGUCGUAUCCCUCGGCCCAGUAUGAGUCAGGGCUGCAGCAGAGAGGCCAGCAGGGAGAGCAGCCGGGACACCAGCCCCAUACGCUCCUUCACUCCACUUGCAACACGGAGCUACUCUCGCUCCACCGGAGCUCUCCACGCAGCUGACACUUUUGGCGCUGCAGGUUCAUCUCUUGGCAUCAGUCCGUCCAGUCGUCUCUCAUCUUCAGUCAGUGCCAUGAGGGUCCUCAACCCAGGCUCAGACGUAGAAGAGGCUCUCGCAGAUGCACUACUGUUGGGAGACAUGCGGUCCAAGAAGAAGCCAGCCCGGCGGCGGUACGAGAACUACAGCAUGUACUCCGACGACGACGCCAACAGCGACGCAUCCAGCGCCUGCUCGGAAAGGUCCUAUAGCUCCAGGAACGGAGGAGCCAUCCCGACCUACAUGAGACAGACUGAAGACGUGGCCGAGGUGCUGAAUCGCUGUGCCAGUGCCAACUGGUCUGAGAGGAAGGAGGGGCUCUUAGGUCUCCAGGCUCUACUCAAGAACCAACGCACCCUCAGUCGGGUGGAGUUAAAGAGACUGUGUGAAAUCUUCACUCGGAUGUUCGCAGACCCUCACAGUAAGCGAGACUGCGGCAGAGUGUACGGCACGGCAGAAUCCGGUAUAAGCUCAGCCUCCUUCAAGAGAGUGUUCAGUAUGUUCCUGGAGACCCUGGUGGACUUCAUCCUGGUCCAUAAGGAAGACCUGCAGGACUGGUUGUUCGUUCUGCUCACACAGCUGCUGAAGAAGAUGGGAGCCGAUCUGCUGGGCUCCGUUCAGGCCAAAGUUCAGAAAGCGCUGGAUGUCACACGGGAGUCUUUCCCCAACGACCUCCAGUUUACUAUUCUGAUGAGAUUUACUGUCGACCAGACACAGACGCCCAACCUCAAGGUAAAAGUGGCCAUUCUGAAGUACAUCGAGACGCUGACGCUACAGAUGGAAGUUCAAGACUUUGUGAACUCUAGUGAGACUCGGCUGGCCGUCUCCCGCAUCAUCACCUGGACGACUGAACCCAAGAGCUCUGACGUCAGAAAGGCGGCCCAGUCGGUGCUUAUCUCACUGUUCCAGCUCAACACACCGGAGUUCACCAUGCUGCUGGCAGCUCUGCCCAAAACGUUUCAGGACGGAGCCACCAAGCUGCUUCAAAACCAUUUGAAGAACUCUGGCAAUGCUGCACAGGCAACAAUGGGCAGCCCCUUAACACGCCACACCCCCCGAUCUCCAGCCAGCUGGUCCAGUCCAGUCACUUCCCCCACCAACACCUCCCAGAACACCCCAUCACCAAGUGCUUUUGACUACGACACUGAAAACAUGAACUCAGAGGACAUCUACAGCUCGCUGAAAGGUGUCACUGAAGCCAUCCAGAACUUCAGCGUCCGCAGCCAGGAAGACAUGAAUGAACCAGUCCAGCGGCGGGAGGGAGACGAGAGCGGCAGCGGGACAGACAGCAGAGGAUCAGACAUGAUGGACGGCGGCCGCAUGGCUCUGGACAACAAGACCUCCCUCCUCAACACCCCCCUGCUGUCCUCCAGCCCCAGAGGAGCCCGCGAUCACUUCUCCGAUUCCCCGUUUAAACACAGCCGCAAAGACUCCAGCAUGGACGACUCCGAGCUUCUCACCGACGAGAGCAGUCAGGACCAGUCAGAGCUGGUGGCCGAGCUGCUGAAGGAGUUGUCGAAUCACAACGAGCGCAUAGAGGAGAGGAAGGCGGCGCUGUGUGAACUGCUGAAGCUGAUUCGCGAGAACACCCUGCAGGUGUGGGAGGAGCAUUUCAAGACCAUCCUGCUGCUACUGCUCGAGACGAUGGGUGACAGAGAGCAUGGGAUCCGAACACUGGCUCUGCGGGUGCUGAGGGAGAUUCUCUGCAAGCAGCCCUGGAGGUUCAAGAACUACGCAGAGCUCACCAUCAUGAAAGCCCUGGAGUCUCACAAAGACCCUCACAAGGAGGUGGUUCGAGCAGCAGAGGAAACGGCAGCCAUGUUGGCAUUGUCCAUCAGUCCAGACCAGUGUAUCAAGGUGUUGUGUCCCAUCAUCCAGUCGGCCGACUACCCCAUCAACCUGGCCGCCAUCAAGAUGCAGUCCAAAGUGGUGGAGAGGAUUCCCCGGGAGGGCCUGAUGAGCCUGCUGCCAGAAAUCGUGCCAGGACUCAUACAGGGUUAUGACAACUCUGAGAGCAGUGUGAGGAAAGCCUGUGUGUUCUGCUUGGUGUCCGUUUACGCCGUGAUCGGAGAGGACCUCAAACCGCACCUCAGCCAACUCUCCAGCAGCAAGCUGAAGCUGCUGAAUCUGUACAUUAAGCGUGCCCAGUCCGGCUCCAGCGGCGGCGAGCCCCCCACUGAUGGCCUAUAGGAGACACCGCGUCCUCCCACAGGGCGACCACAGAACUGCAACUCUUCCCACCAAACAUGAGUCACCUACUCCCGUGCUUACAUCCACACAGACCAACAACGAAAACAUCCUAACACUCUCUCACAUGAGCCAAACUGCUUACAUCUACACGUACGCUUACACUCUGGACAGCAGAGUGACACAUACACACAAACACAAAGCAGAGGCAUACACAGUCCUCACACAUCUACUGCCACACUGCAAGAUGGAAGUUGUGGUGCAGAGGAGAUGAUCGGAUAUCAGACUUAAUGACAUGAAAUUCCACCCAGGCUUGUCAGUAGAUCACUGAAAGAUGAAGAUAUGAAAUGUCCGUCCUCUCCCCUCUCCAUUAUAACUCGAACACAACAGCAUCUCCUCUGAACAACAUCUUGAUGUCAACAGGAGGAGGUGCAUCUGCAUGGUUCUCAUCUUUCUAACCCGGGGGGGGGGGGGGGGGGGGUGUAAUAUUCAUCACACAGCCCUGAGACGAAUAAACCGGUACCGUCUAUGUUUCCUUUGUGAACAGUGAGUAACUGGGGCCAGGCAGAAAGGAAUGUAAAUUUGCAUUGUGUCAUGGUUUGAUUUAUCGAUGAGGUUUUACCGCAGCUGUUUUUAAUAUCUGGAGUUUUUUUUUUUUCUCUCGUGCACACACACACACACACACACACACACACAGGUUCUCUCUUUCAAAAAGGUGCUUAUGAGCCAAAACAGGUACGACCGACCAACCCAGCACAGGAUCUAAUGUCUGUGGAUCAUGCCUGCUCAUAGCUAAUACAGUACAUAGGCAGAUCCCAACGUGUAGGAGGCGUCAUGUGCUUGGAUAUGCAUGAGACUAAAUUUCAAAAGAACCUAACUUUUUAUCCGGGUCCUGUUGACUGUCAGAAUAGUGCGACUGAGGUUUUAAAUUGAUGUGAAAAUGUCCGGCCCUUUCAGAUAUCGCCAUGGUGUCGUCCAUUUCUCCCAGCUCAUCAUGGAUCAGUCCAUAGGUGCGUGCUGCUUUUACUACAUGAAGUAUGACAGGACAUGGCUUAUUAUCGCAUAGUGGAUAUCUAUAUAUAUAUCUAUGUAUCUAUAUAUGAUAUUAAAAAGGAUUACUCGGUUACAGUGACACCCAUGGGAGGUUGCACGCACGCACCUGUGCCCAUCCUUGUUUUUAAUUUUUUUCUCUGCUGCGCGUGUCGUAGUCUGUCAUUCUCUCGCUCAUACUUAUUUUUCUCUGCUGAGAAAAUUGUAGAAAUGUAUUAUUUACAGCUCUGAAAAAAACAGUUGUCACAUCACCUUCUUUCUCUCCCCUCCGCUUCAUUGUGUUUUUCUUUCCUUCCUCCUCUUGUAACAUUCUAGUUUUCACUGUUGUGUUUCCUCUGUGCAUUUACAAAGCUGUGCUUACAAUAAAAUAAAGAACUUGUACAGAU